AUAAGUUCUCGAAAUUUCUAGAAGGAUUUCAGAUCCCCCUUCACGUUUAAAUUUGUUUCUUUAGUAAUUUCGAGUUUAGUAAGGAAGGUUACCUCGUCACAUUAUUUACUUCGUGAGAGGAAUUUUGACGUUCACGUGCAUAUUUGGGAUUUCCUAAAAAUAGUUGUUUUCUCGUAAAGAAAUAUGUUGAGCGUUUAAAUAAGAUCUGUUUUAAAAUCGAAUUUCAAUUGUACAUAAGUAAAUAUUUAAGUGACUGGUAUAUUUAUUUUCUAGUCGGAGAAAUUUUUUAAAAUUUCGGAAUAAUUAUUUAUUUUAGUUAAUAUAUUUGAGCAGUAUUAUACAGUUCAUAAUUUCUGUGGCAUGGCUAAGUGGGGAGAAGGAGAUCCACGCUGGAUUGUGGAAGAAAGACCUGACGCUACUAAUGUUAAUAACUGGCACUGGACGGAAAAAAAUGCCUGUGCCUGGUCCAUUGAAAAGCUUAAGGACUUAUUUACCAACAUGAAAAUAGAAGGAGAUGGAGUUUCUUGUAUAGUAACAGAAGUAGAAAAAUGUGAAGGUGAAGCAACAGCAAAUAAUCGAAAAGGUAAAUUAAUCUUCUUCUAUGAAUGGAAUAUUAUUUUGAAAUGGGUAUCUGAAGGAAAAUCUAACAAGAAGAUUGAGGGUAAAAUCAACAUUCCAAACUUAUCAGAAGAAAAUGAUAUUUCUGAAGUAGAUAUUGAAAUUACCUUAAAAGAUAGUACAGACGAAGGAGAAUUAGUAAAACAUUUCCUGCAUACGAAAGGAAAAGAAGCAAUUAGAGAAAAAUUGAAAAAAUAUGUUUCUUCUUUAAAAGAAGAAUUCACAGUUGGAAUGAUCUUGCCUAAAAAAGAUAAUGUGAAAGAUAAUAUCUCGAAUAUCACUUCUGGAUUGAAUGCAAAAAUACAAAUGAAUUCCACCGUGGUAUCGUCAAAUAAUAAAAAAGAAAUAGGAUGUAAAAUUUCAACAACAACAAUUAAACAACAACAAAAGUUUCAGUGUCGAGCUGAAGAGUUUUACAACGUUUUCACGACAACUGAGAUGGUUCAAGCAUUUACUAAAGGACCGGUAAAGUUAGAAUUGAAAAAGGCAGGCAAAUUUGAGUUGUUUGGCGGUAAUAUACAUGGUGACUUUGUAGAAAUCACACCUACCAAGAUUGUACAAAAAUGGCGCUGCAAACAGUGGCCUGACGGUCAUUUUAGCGACGUGACAAUUGACAUUUCUGAGAAAAAUGAUCAUACGGAAGUUAAUCUAACGCAAAUAGGUGUACCUGUUAGCGAGGAAGAAUCGACGAAAGAGAACUGGGAGAGGUAUUACUGGGAUGCUAUAAAACGUACAUUUGGAUUCGGUUACUUCAUGUGAUCUACGUAUGCUCUAAAAUUUGCACGCUUAUUGAUAAGUAGAAAAAUAAUAAAAAUGUGUAUUGUCGUAAGUUGCCUCGCAAACUUUCAGCAUACUAGCCGCAUGAUAACCUGCCACGGACGAACUAUUUUCUCUUUCGAUGAUAUUUACUAUAAUUUUCUUACUUUGCCCUUCUGUCUCUUCUAUUUAAAACAUUGCAUCGUAUAAGCAGGACAUUACGUCGUUGCUUAAGCGUAAAUCAAGUAUCAUCAUGACACAUCUGUAUUAAUAGUUGUAUAUGUCGAAUAAAUCAGGUCAGAUACUUA